AUGGCUCGGAUCAGAGUGACGGCAAUCUACCCUGACUACCAGUCCGUUGACCCAGCCGUUGAUCCGGCUGAUCCUAUAAAUCAAGAGCAAGCCGAGGAACCGGCUGAGAUGGGUCCUAAUGAAGAGGUUCUGCAAAAUUCUCCGAGUACACCUAGUACACCGGGUGACAGUAUCUUGGAUAACUCUGGUUCCAACGCUGAGGAAUCCGGAGAGGGAUCUGGAGAGGAAUCUGGUGAAAAAUCCGGAGAGAGAUCCGGAGAGGGAUCCGGUGAACAGUCCGGGGAGGGGUCAGCUGAUAAUGGGGAGUCCGGCCCUGGCCCUAAUGAAGAGUCUUCUGAAGAGGCGGCUCCUAUUGAAGAAGAGGCCUACAAUUGGUCGGCUAAGGGCGACCCGACUGAUAUGACCAUGUUCGCUAGGGAUGUGGUCACUUUGAACGCCACACUCCCUGCUUUUUUACAGAAGAAGCCGGUUGGAGAGGGAUGGGAAGCGGUCGUCCCACCUGUAGAGGCAAGGGUCGUUUGGACCGACGACGUGGACCAUGCCGACAACUUCUUCGGCUGCUACGAGGCGGCGUUUUACAGCCGGCUGACAAGCGCACUUUAG